CAACAUUUUUUUUAUACCCAAAAAGAACCUAUUUCAAGCGUUUUCAAACCUGGCAAUCAAACAAAUGGGCUCAUGCUUUUUCCCUCACCCUAAAUUUGGCGCCCGUUAAUCAGCUGUUACCACAUCUCUCUAUUUAUCCCUCUUCAAUGAAUCUCUUAACCUUUAGGGAUUCAGUUUCCAUCCAGAUACCGAAUAUUCUUUCAAGGAAUAGCCCCUAACCAGAAGAAAGUUAGAAAUGGGGAAGAAAAGAGAAAACAUCAAUAAAGCAAAAGAAAGUGGCAAGGUUCAGGAUCAAAACAUGGCUAAUCUAUUUGAUUAUGAGAUUGCCCUCCAAGUUCAAGAGGGCCAUGAGAAAGGUUGUCCAAGUCAAACCAACUCCGACCAAGAAACCGAUGAGGAAACCUUUGAAGAACCUCCAUCCGUUCGAGAAGAUAGACGGAAUAUUGCAAUGAGAAUGAAGGAAAGGAAGUUCAAGGCCUUGGUUGAAUUUAGGUGCCGAGUUGAAGAUGCGAUUCUUGGGGAUUAUCUCUUUGGGAAACCCAGCAACAAAGUUGGUGGAGAAGACAAUGCAAAGGCCAUUGAACAACUGAAAGAGAUUACACUUUGGGGUGUACCAUUGAUGCCAAGCAAACGCCAUGGCGGAACCGACAUUGUGCUGUUGAAAUUCUUGGAAGCAAAAGAUUACAAGGUGCUUGAGGCCUUGGAGAUGCUUCAGAGGACGUUAAAAUGGCGGAAGGAAUUCAAAGCCGAUGAAAUUCUGGAAGAAAAUCUGGUUCCUGGUUUCGAAAACUUGACUUACCAAAAUAGUAGCGACAAGGACGGUCACCCUGUGUAUUACAACGUAUACGGUGCCUUGAAAGACCAGCAAACCCAAUAUAGAAUACUUGGUUCAGAAGAGAAGCGCGAAAAGUUCUUAAGAUGGAGAGUUCAAUACAUGGAGAAGGCUAUCAAGGAACUCAGGUUUCAACCUGGUGGAACCAACUCCAUUGUUCAGAUCAUAGAUAUGAAGCACGCACAAGGGCCUACCACAAAGGAACUUCGUUCUGUUUGUCGAAAAUCUUGGAAGUUGUUUCAAGAUCAUUAUCCUCACCUCAUCCAUCUAAAUAUAAUCAUAAAUGUUCCCUUGUGGUAUUAUAUCUCCCAUACGUUUUCUUCCCGGCUGAAAACUCAGAGAAAGAAAAGCAAGAUUGUUAUUGCCAGACCAGGGAAAGUUACUUCCACUCUUCUCAAGUUUAUACCCCCAGAAAACCUUCCAGUUGAAUAUGGAGGUUUCAAAAGAGAUAACGACGACGACUUUUCCCCAGAAGACAAGGUUUCAGAGGUUACGGUUAGAGCAAAUUCAUUUGAGCACAUCCGAAUUCCAGCUCCUCAGGCUGGAGUAACACUGGUUUGGGAUUUAACAGUGGUGGGAUCAUGUGAUGUAUCCUACAAGGAAGAGUUCAUUCCAGACGAUGAAGGGUCGUACAAAGUGUUGCUCCAAAACGAGAAGGAAAAGAAGAAAGGAGAGGGUGUUAGGAAUGCAUUUUAUAUUAGUGAACCAGGGAAGAUAGUUAUAACCUUUGAUAACCCCUUGCUCAAGAAGACGAAGGUCCUCUAUAGAUAUAAAACCAAACCCACUGUUCCCAUCUACGUCUUAAAUAAGAACUAGGAUAGGAUUGUGUAGUGAAUUAAUUUUUCUUGGUAUGUUUUAUUUUAUCUUUUGUCAUUUCACCUAAUACUAUCCUUGACUUGACAGAUGAUCGAUAAUUAUUUGCUUAGUCUCCCCCAACUUCCCUUGUAAUCUGUUGCGUCUAACUUUGUAACAUGUACUGAUAUUAAUGGCUUCUGGUUAAUUAAUAGCUAUAUUUGAUGUCGG